AUGGAAAAUACCAGUAUUACCUCUACCAUCGUCUUAAAUAGUCAAGAGAAGGAACCACAUGCGGAAAAAGAUUCCACAAUGGAUAGACCUAAUUGGUCAUCACUCCCACUAGAUAUCGUAACACUGAUUAGUGAAGAACUUCCCUUACCACAUCGCAUUUGUUUUCAUACCACAUGCAACGCUUGGUAUUUUGCAACCUUGCUCAAGCCCAUCCCAUCCCCACUGCUCCUCGUACGCAACGAUGAAAGUGAGCAUAGUGAUUCAUGCCUGUUUGUAUCUCCCAUUACCGAUUUUUUUUUUAUCUACUUCCCUAUCAACGAGCUCCAUGGCACACGUUGUGUCGGUUCUAAUGCUGGUUGGCUCGCGAUCUUAGAUGAACAACUAAAUGUUAGCCUCUUAAAUCUCUUGACGAAGACUCGAAUCUACCUCCCCUCAUUUAUUACUUUGCCUCUUUAUAAUCCCCCUUACGAGAGUAACUACAUCGCAAUGAUUCUUUACGGAACUGAUCCCGAAAUUGCCUACACAAAGGCGGGCAAUGAAAAGUGGAUUUUUCUUGAGAUGUCAUCAACAAUGAAAUACUAUUACGAGGAUAUCAUGUAUCAUGAUGGCAAAUUUUAUAGUAUAACAAAUGAAUCUGAGGUUCAAGUGUUCGACUUAAGUGGAGAUCAUCCUGUCAUGAUGGUACUCAUCGAGAGAUUAGCACAUAGUACUGAAUACCUUGAUAACAUAUCCGGUUCCACCAUCAAUGAUUUGUAUAGCAAAUACUUGGCAUGCUCGAGCACAGGAGAGAUGUUCCUUAUUCUAUGGCAUAGAGACCAUGCAUAUUACCCGAAUAAUGGGGUACUGCCUAGACCAAAGGAUUUCAUGCUUAUGAAGGUUAAGCCAGAGACAAGUCAUUGUUGGGCUACCACGAAGGAUAUGGGGAACAUGUGUCUAUUCAUUGGUAGCAACAAUCCCAUUUUGAUACCUAGCAAGGAUUUACAAGGAUUAAAAGGAGACCAUAUCUUCUCUGUUGAAACCUUCCCAAGUGAAGAGGUUGAUCGAUAUACUCGUAUUGUUGGAUGCUUCGAUUUGAAGGAAGAAAGGUGGGAGAGCUUCAGUGAAUCAUCACAGUCUCCACUGUACCUGAGACCACCCAUCUGGUUUACACUCUCAUUGCAUUGA